AUGGAAACAUCCCCAAGAGGCGCCACCUCACCAGCACCGCGCGAACCGACACUAAACCUACCCUCAACAACGGACCCCCCAAGCCCGCAGAAUCCCCCCAAGCCCCUCGUAUGGCUGAUCUUCGGCGCAACAGGCCACAUGGGCCGCUCCCUGGUUAAAACCGCACUCGCCCACAACGACCUAGUAGCAGCAGUAGGCCGCACCUACGAAAACAGCCCGGAAGCAAUGAAAGAACUAGAAUCCGAACACGAGAACUGCAUGGGUCUCCUCUGCGACGUGCGCGCCCGCGAGACCGUCAAGUGGGUAAUUGACCAGACAAUCGCGCGGUUCGGGCGUAUCGAUGUGAUCGCCAAUUGUUCCGGGUACGGCGUCAUCGGAGCCUGCGAGGACCAGGAUGAAUUCGAUAUCCGGAAUCAGUUCGAAACGAAUUUCACAGGGACGCUGAAUAUGAUUCAGUUGUCUUUGCCGCAUUUCCGACAGCGGAGGGCGGGACGGUAUCUUAUUUUCAGUUCGACCAGUGGUGCGCUGGGGGUCCCUGGGUUGGGACCGUAUUGUGCGUCGAAGUAUGCUGUUGAGGGUUUGAUGGAGAGUAUGCUGUAUGAGGUUGACAGCUUCAAUAUCAAGGGGACGCUUGUUGAGCCGGGGCAUAUGCGUCGUGAUGAUAUUGGAGAUUUGGUUUCGCCUUCUGCUAUGGCUGCCAAACCGUCCGAGCAUAAUCUAUCUUCGCCGUUGCCUUUGUAUGGGCAUUUCCUUGUCAAGCCGCCAAGUGAGCCGUAUAAUACGUCUACGUCGCCGGCGGCGCAUGCUCGGCGGAUGUUGAUGUGGCUUGGGGAUAAGCAGCCUGCGAGUGCGGUCAAGGCGGCGCAUUUGGUUUGGCAGCUUGGGCAUUGCUCUUAUCCUCCGUUGCGGUUGAUUCUGGGGACUUAUGCUGUUGAGAGUAUUCGGGACCGGUUGAAGUGUAUUAUUGAGGAGAUUGAGGAUUGGAAGCAUCUUAGUUUUCCGUUGGGGGAGGCGCAGCCCACGAGGGAUCGAUCUUCUGUGGGCGAGGGUGCUGACGCAGAUUGA